GUAUUGACCAGUCUAUAAAAAUAGGUUAAAACUUUUAUUCAAUGUAUUCAAAGCAACUUCUUUAGAGAUGGCUUCUUUCUCCGUGCGUGAUCGGCUUCACAAGCAUCACAACAUAUCAAUCGCCAAGAAACGCUUGAAAUUGCAAACGAAAACGAGAAAGAAUGGGAUGAAGGCCACGCAGGAAAGGUUUAAGAGGUUGAAAACAGAAAUGGAGGAGAUCAGGGAGGAACAGAAGGGUAUUCGAGACGGGCAGAGGCAAGUUCGUGAAAAAUUUGAAGCAAUUGAAUCUGAGUGCGAACAGUUGAAGAAAGAAACUAAGUUCAUAAUCCAACAAAGUGCUAGAACUCAGAUCAAAUUAGUUCUCAUGUUCAGAAUAUUGAAGGCAAGGGAAGAAAGUGACUCUGCCACCGCUGCCAAUCUUACUCAGUUGCUUGGUCAUAUUGUCGAGAGGGAGAAGGAAGAAAGGCAAAGCACUGGGUGAUGCAUGAACAAACCUAAUAAUCUUCCUCCGCUGGUGGAGAUUUUAAUUAAUCUGGUUUCUCCUGUUGUUUGUUAAUUAUUAUACCACCUCCUCCUUUGCUUUCUCUAUAAUCUCUAUUUAUGGUUUUAAACUAUUCUGCUAUUACAUGGUUUAAAGUAGUUCUUGCCACAAAUUCAGUAUUUGCUUUGUUGCUAAGUAAUAUGUAAAUGGAGUAUUAAUAGUUUGUAUUGGUUGGUGGAUAUGUAAUUAAUAGUUUGUAUUGAUUGAUGGAUAUGUAAGAAACAAUUGUUUGGAGCAACAUUUUUCAACUUUCCAUUUGAGGUCUUAGUUCA